AUGAGUUAUUCCAAUAAAGAGAAUAUAGAUGAUACAUAAAUAUUGAUAGAUUAAGAAGAAGUACUUGAAUUUGUAAAGUAAUUGAAAUUGAUGAAUAAACAAUUUAUUUCUUAAAUCAAACAAUUGAUUCGAGAAAAAGAAGAGUACAAAUUCUUGAUUUAAGAACUGUAAAGUCAAUUAUAAAGAAAAUGUGAGUAAUUAUAACAAUAAGAAAUGAUAAUCUAAGAAUGUGAAUUAUAAGUAGUAUUUUUAUAGGUUAUUGUAGUUAGAGUCAUGCAGAUCGAAUUAUGAAGAACAAAUUAAUCGUUUAGAAGUAGAGUUGAAAAUGAAUUAAAUGAUUUUUUAGAUUGAAUUGAGUCAAUAGAAAUAAGAGAUAGUAGAUUUAAGUGAUAAAUUAAAAAGUACUUAACAAGGUUAUUCAACUACUGUGGCUACUUCAUUUUUAUAAACAUCUUUUAAUUAGAAAUAGGAUAGUUUAUUUAAAGUAUGAGUAGUUGAAUAAAUUUAGGAUAGUCAUACAUUAGAAAGUGUUGGUUAAACAGAAGGGGAAUAUAGUAUAAUGUCAAAUAAGAAUAAAGGAUAGUAAAAGAUGUUGAAAAUAAUUUAAGAUCCAAUAAGUAACUUAAAGAAACAGAAAGAUUUAAUAAAAAGGGAAAUUACUUAAUGGUAAGAUGAAUUUUUAAAGAAAGAAGGUCGACCACCUUCUAUUAAUGAUAAAUAAUCCAUUAGUACUAAAUUUUAUCAUUAUACUAUAUUGAAGAAAUAAUUGAAUGAUCGAAGUACUGUAAUUUAAGAUAGUACAGAUUGUAAGAACAUUGGUAUUCAAUGCAAUUUGAUAGAUGCAUCAUAGAUAUUGUAAUUGUAAGAACAAAUUAAAUAAAAAACUAAUGAUUUAAAAAGAAUGAGUUUUUAAUUAGAAGAUUUAAAGGGGAAAGUAAAAGUAUAUUGUAGAGUUAGACCUUCAAAUAAUUUAGAUAAAUUAAAAGGUAUAAAUUUAAUUUAUAAAUAAGAUUGUGAACUCUAAUUUAUAGAUGAGUAACAUAUCUCAUUAAAAUAGAAAAUCUUCAAUUUUGAUAUUUGUUUUAAUCAAUAAUCUACAUAAAAAGAUGUAUAUGAGGAAAUACAGUAAUCUCUUUAAGCAAUAUUUCAUGGUUAUAAUUUAUGCAUUUUUGCCUAUGGUUAAACUGGCAGUGGUAAGACAUAUACUAUGUUUGGCACUUAAUAACAACCUGGAGUUAUUCCAAAUUUAAUAGAAGAUAUCUAUACCUAUAUUAAAAAAAACAAUUUAGAUUGUUCAAUUAUAGUUAGUUCUUUAGAGAUAUACAAAGAGAAUAUCAUAGAUUUAUUAAAUGAUUAAUAAAGUUCUUAAACUUUGGAACUUAAGGAGAAUGUUAAUGGGUAAGUGUUUGUUUAAAAUUUGACUAAUAUAAAAGUACAAAGUAUGUAUGAAUUAAUGAAUUUGAUUGAGUUUGCAUCUUCUAAAAGAAGAUAAAGUUUAACUGAAAUGAAUGAUUGUAGUUCAAGAUCUCAUAUGUGCACUCAACUUGUAAUUGAAACCUUUAAUAAAAGUAUUUAAUAGGUAUGAUAGAAUAUAGAUUCAUAGAAAUUCAUCAGUAGAGUAAAUUUAAUUGAUUUGGCAGGUUCAGAAAGAUGUAAUAAAUCAAGAUUAAAAUAAAAUCAAUUAGAGGAAGCUAAAUAUAUUAAUAAAAGUCUCUCUGCUCUUAAUGAUGUUAUGAUAGCUUUAUCAACAAAAAGUAAUUUCAUUCCAUACAGAAAUAGUAAACUUACAUAUUUAAUGAGGGAUUCCUUAGGAGGAAAUGUAUUAUUAAUUUAUAAUUAUAAGUCAAAAACAAUCAUGAUCAUCAAUAUUUCACCUUCCUUUAUUAACUUAGAUGAAUCAAUGAGCUCAUUAUAAUAUGGAUAAAAAGUUAAAUAAAUAAUCAAUUAACCAAUUAAGAACUUAGAACCAGUGGAGCAAUUAAAAAAAAUAUAAAAAGUAUGUAAUUAACAUGAUGAAAAUGCGUAAUUAAGAUAAUAAAAGUGA